UUGGACAUUUUUUGUUUUAUAACGCUAAUUUCUGCUGGCAGAACUGCAUAUUUUUCUGGAACGUUUUGGUCGUUAAUAGUGACUAGUACCGCCAUUACUGUAUCUUUAACACUUCUCAUACUGUACUUGUUCCAUGCUGUUGAUCUGCUCAGUCAGAUACCCUGGAUUGUUUCGGUUGGUCAACUGCAAAAUUUUUUUGCUGAAAUGAUAUUUUGCUUUAGCUGGGCUAUAUUCUACUUUAUCGUCGGAAGUGUUUUGGCUAUUGCUUCAUCAUCAUACGGCCAUUUGGGUUUCGGGUUUGCUGCGUUAUGUGCAUUUGGAGCUAUGGCAACUUAUGGAUUCGAUUGUUUUCUGAAGUUUCUAAGUUGGAAGCAUGAUGAAUUGGCACACGGGGGAGGACCAGAUUAUCACUGCAUAACAGAUCCGGUCAGAAACGUGGAACGAAAUGACAACCCUCGUAAAUUUAGUGAUGUAAAUAUUAUUGCUCGUUGA